AUGCGGUUGCUAAGCUCGGAAACAUUGCAGCUACACGAGUUUCAAGGCGACUUCGAACAUGACUACGCCAUCUUAUCACACACCUGGGGUCAGGGGGAAUGCACUCUUCAGCAUAUGUCGAGUCCCAACGCCGCAAUAGUGGGACUGGAAGGCUACGAGAAAAUAAGGCUGUGUUGCGAGCAAGCGCGACACGACCAACUGAAAUGGGUUUGGGUGGAUACUUGCUGCAUUGAUAAAACCAGCACCGCCGAGCUGUCCGAGUCUAUCAACUCGAUGUUCAGGUGGUACCAAAAGGCCAAAGUGUGUUACGCGUACUUAAAGGACGUCCAUCACAUAUCCGAGCUCGCGCGUAGUAGAUGGUUUACGCGAGGCUGGACGUUACAGGAGCUUAUCGCUCCCAGGGACCUCCUUUUCUACUCGACCGAUCGGACGUGCCUAGGGAGUAAGGCUGAUCUACGACGCGACCUCGAGGCCAUUACGAGUAUUUCAGGAGACGUUUUGUCUGACGCGAGUCGAUUUCGCCAAGUAUGCAUCGCCAGCAGGAUGCGGUGGGCAGCUCACCGUCAGACGACACGCUUAGAAGACAUGGCCUACUCGCUCAUGGGAAUUUUCGACGUAAAUAUGCCGCUACUUUACGGAGAAGGUAGCAAAUCAUUUACGCGGCUGCAGCAGGAGAUUAUGAGGGGCUCGGAUGACCAAUCCCUGUUUGCCUGGGGCGUACCCCAAUCCCCCGUCUCCGUCGAGCACAUCAAUCAAUCCCUCUCGAGCAAUGAAAGACACGGUCUGCUUGCUAAAUCGCCGCAAGACUUUAUGAUCGCUUCUGAGAUACAGCCAGUACGCAGCAAGCAGCCGCCAACAGCAACAUCGAUAUCGAACACAAGUGUCCGGAUAGAUUUACCCGUUGUUAAUAUUGGAGGCAGGCAAGUCGCGGUCAUCGCAUGCACGGUGUCCGGCCGCCCUGGAACGUACGUCGGCUUCGUCUUGAACCAGUGGGAUAGAUUCUAUACAUCGCGCGGCGUCAAGCUUUUCGAAAUCUCGGACAGUGAAUGGAUCAGAAGCGCUAUAGAGACUUUGGAGAUAAGAGAGAUCAGUAGCGUGCUUCCUCUAGCACCACCGCUCGUUAUCAGCAUACAACUAGAAAUAACUGCCUGGCUGCACCACGGGGAUGUCGAGAUACAUGCCCUGCCAGGUGCAUCUUAUCAUCGGGCCAAACGAUUGGUCGUGGGGCAUGGCUAUAGUGGUAUUCACGCUGUUCUGAUUUUGGAUCCCUCUGUGUAUCCCCCAUCCAGAUACGAGGAGCACCCCGGAUUCGCUAUCAUUAUUGGAGCAGACUCGAGGCCUUGGGUUUCACUCGUCCCUAUCCUGCAUCCUGAUCGAAGAGCAAAGCAGUUCCAUCGUUUGGCGGCGUCGAACCCGGAUUUUAUCAAGUUCUGCAUGACGAAAAGCGCCCUGCUCGCCUUGCUUAGUAAGAAGCAGGGCGAGAUGAAUUUCUUAAACGGCCGAGCUGAGAGACUUGAUUUAGUGCUGGAUCGCGAGUCCAUCCCUCGCGGCAAGAAUCUAGAGAUCCGGACUGGACGGCCCAUCAAGAAAGUUGUCAAGACGGUCGACGUGUGUCUUCAUCUCAGGGUUCACUUCGAGGAAGUCUCAAGUGACCAUCUAAUCGAUUCAAAGGUCUGUAUAACGAUAGAGUAA